AUACAUUCUCUCAGACGCAUACCAACGCAUCGCGGCACCUCCUGCAGCAAGGAUCAAGCGCCAUCCUCUACUGAUGAAGCGCUUUUGGUCGGCGACUGCUCAUCAAAUGAUGCUGACACCCGGACCACUGUGGCGCCUUUUUCAUCUGACUGUGAUAAGCAACCUAGGAAACUUUCAGCCCGUACUCAGGUAGUGAAGAUCGAUGGUGGUCGUGCCAAACUGAAACAAAAAUUUUCAGGCAAUGAAGCGAACGAGCUGGGCGCUGCCAGCCGACCACAACCCUCGAGACGGCAAUCUUCUCCGUGGAACUCGGCGAUCUGUGCCAUGGACGAUGUUGACACUCAGAACUGGAUUCCGCAAAGUCACAAUCGCCGGACCCGACAUGGUAACCAGCAAUUGCGCAUUAAUGAUAAACGGGGCAGCAGGUCCCAGGACGCGACGGCUAAACAGUCUUCUCAGCACCAUUGUCCCAACGGAACGAAUGGGUCUCCGCGAUCACCACUGCAUGUCGUUACUGUCGCUGAUUCGCUGCUAACCCGAGUCGCUCCAGUGACUUCCCAAGGUGGUUGUCUUCCUAACGAUGCAUCUAUCCACUCAGGUUAUCCGCAGUCUCAACCGGCUCCACACAACGUCAUGUCUACCUCUACAUUUUCCACAGAAACUCCUACCCCAACCGCUACCCCGACGCCUACCCCCACCCAGAACCAUCAAUCUGCAACCGAACACGUCACCACCCCUUAUGCACCUGUCGCUGUAACGGGAGAUGAUGUGGAAUUUUUGAAGCAUGCCCCAUGGUACCAAGCUAUGGUGCCACGAGAGAUCGCUUUCGAACUAUUGGCACGCGAAGAGGCUGGAAGUUUUCUAGUCAGGAAUAGUGUUUCACAUCCCGACUGCUGUGCGUUAUCUGUCCGAGUGCCUUUCGAGGAAAACCCUUCAGGAAUCACGCAUUAUCUAAUUCAACGGACGUUAAAUGGAGUCAAGCUCAAAGGGCUGGACAAAGAAUGGCCAUCUCUUCGAGCACUGAUCACCCACCUGACUGUAAUACCUGAGAUGUUGCCUUGUCCCCUGCGAUUACCGGCUCACAACUUCAAUCCGGUCUUCACAAACGCUGACGAACAUCUCAACAUCAGUCGAAUGGAUCGCAAUGCGUGCCCAAUCAACACCCAGUAUUUGCAGGAUAGACAGAUCACGCGACGUGACCAGCGUGGAUCUACGAUAGAACCGUUCCAGUCAGCCGCCUCCUUGCCGUCCCGUCCUGUUCCACCGUCCUGUGCUUCACGUUCCUACCUUUCAACCUCUUCGUCUUCUGCAGCACCCAUUCAAAACAACCAACUACCCCGCCAGUCUUCCGAAAUCAAUGGUCACAGCGCUCCCUACACGAAUACCGGAUCUCGCAAUGUAUCCGCUGAUGUCUUACGUGAGAGAAAUUUCAGCUUGCCCGGCUAUCAAGCCAUCCACCGAGUGGCUCAUUCUUCCGAAAUCAAUGGUCACAGCGCUCCCUGCACGAAUACCGGAUCUCGCAAUGUAUCCGCUGAUGUCUUACGUGAGAGAAAUUUCAGCUUGCCCGGCUAUCAAGCCAUCCACCGAGUGGCUCAUGUGGAUGCUGAAGGGCGAGAUUCGCAGCAGGGGUCUUUCGUGAUUAGUCACUUGGGGGUUCAAGAAGAAGAGGAAGACGAAGACUACCAGCGUCUUUCGGACUUCUCAUCAAUUCUGGCUGAUUUGGAACUCACCACAGAUCGAGAGAUACCAAGCUGU